AUGGAAAAAGAUCUGAAUUCACUGCAUAACAAUGCACAACGAGCUUAUGUAGAUUUAAUGAAUUAUGCUCAACAUAUUGAAGUAUCACUUCAUAGACAAACUACACAACAAAUUUUGGCUAAUCGUCUACGUCUAAAAACUAGUAUAGAUGUUGUUCGAUGGUUGUCAUUUCAAGGGUGUGCUUUUAAAGGUCAUGAUGAAAGCUCGAGAUCAAAAAAUCGUGGGAACUUUCUUGAAUUGUUAUUACUAUUAGCAUCAUAUGAUGAGAAAGUUGAAGAUAUUUUGAAAAGUGCUCUACAAAAUGCUAGUUAUACUUCUUCAACAAUACAAAAAGAGAUAUUGCAAAUUCAUGCCAAUAGAGUUCGUAAUGUAAUUCGUGAAGAAAUUGGUGACAGAAAGUUCAGCAUUAUUGUGGAUGAAGCGAGAGACGAGUCAAAAAAAGAGCAAAUGACAAUUAUUUUGAGAUUUAUUGAUAAACAAGGACAGGUAAAAGAACGAUUUUUUGAUAUAGUCCAUGUUAAAGAUACUGCAUCAUUGACUUUGAAAAAUGUGAUUUUUAAUGUUCUCUUGCAACAUAGUUUUGACAUACAAAAUAUCCGAGCAUUGGUUGCAGCAGCUAGAGAAGUGGUUGAAGUGCAUCAAUUCUUUAAAGACUUGUCUGAUAUUGUUAAUAGUGCUUCGGCUUCUUCCAAACGACACGAUGAAUUACAAAAAGCCCAAGCAGCUGAAAUAACUCAUAUGAAUGCUCAAUACAUUGUGGGUCGUAGUCGCAACAAGAAGGAAGAUGUUAUAGUGGAGCAUCAUUAUCAAGUGGAUAUAUUUUUUGCUACAAUAGAUACUCAGUUGCAAGAAUUGAAGAGCAGGUUUAACGAAAAUGUUGUCGAGCUUCUCACUCUUACUACAGCUUUAGAUCCCAAGGAGUUUUUCAAAAGCUUAGUUGAAAGUGGAAAGUCAGUCAUGUACCCACUUGUUGACAGAUUGAUUCGUCUUAUAUUGACUCUUCCAGUUUCAACGGCAUCCUCAGAACAUACUUUUUCUGCUAUGAAGAUUGUGAAAACUCGACUUCGUAGCAAGAUGGAAGAUGAUUUUUUAAGAAGUUCUUUGGUUGUGUACAUUGAGAAAGAAAUUGUAGAAAAAUUUGAUAUAAACGAAAUAAUUUUUCUUUAA